AACGAGUAGCCGACGGUUUAAAGGACGGAGGAUUUAAAUUAAAUACUGUGUGAAGCAACCGCUGAUCCUUCGUGGGAGGGGGUAGACUGCUCGGUAUCCUUAGCAGCCUGAGAGGGGGAGGAGGUGCAGAGAAUGAGCUAUUCUUGUACCAGCAGAGAGGCUGUAUGUAAUAGCCAGGACGCAUCAAACGGCAGUGUUUCGUUAAACGGUCAUAGUAGUUGCAGUGUGAGUGGAGGUAUCGACAGCAACAUUACCAUCUUCAACAGUCCGUUGGAACCGGACGCCGAGUCGCAAGCGGCAAUGAAAGUGAAGACAGGGUGCAACACAACAGACGCGGGGGUCCCGGUUACAACAGAGGAAGAAUUGGUCAAAAAUAGUGUCGUAACCCCGGAGGAUGUACUGGGAUUACAGAACAUCACAACGAAUUAUUUAUGUGGACCAGAAAAUAAUGUACACAACAUUGACUUCACGCGGUUCAAGAUUCGGGACAUGGAGACCGGCAUGGUUCUCUUUGAGAUAACAAAACCUCCUGUUCCAGAGAGCGCCAGGGACAAGAGGGACCUGGACCCCAACGCCGGGCGCUUUGUUCGCUACCAGUUCACGCCUGCCUUCCUGAGGCUACGUCAGGUUGGAGCCACUGUGGAGUUCACCGUUGGUGACAUUCCCAUCAACAACUUCCGGAUGAUCGAGAGGCACUACUUCCGUGGGCAGCUCCUGAAGAGCUUCGACUUUGAGUUUGGCUUCUGCAUCCCCAGCAGCAAGAACACCUGCGAGCACAUCUACGAGCUCCCACCCCUCUCCGAUGAGAUCAUGCAGCUGAUGAUCCUCUUCCCCUACGAGACCCAGUCUGACAGUUUCUACUUCGUGGAUAACCAGCUGGUGAUGCACAACAAGGCAGAUUACUCCUACAAUGGGGGGACCUAGGCCUCGUGCCUCGUGCCGUCCAGUGGACAGACAGACAGACAGACACAGUAGAAGGAGGAGUCCCAAGCAAGCAUUCUGGAGGAUUCACAAAGACGCAGUGGCCUCAGCCCCCGUCCACCGGCCCACCACCCCACUGUAUAACCCCUCCGCAGUCCGCAGCACCAACGCCAUCUGCGGAGGGCAUGAUUCCAUCAGCGCAAUCACGCCUUACUCAGAACACCCUCCAACCUCCUCCUCCCUCAUAUGCCACUUCAGCCCUCUACACACACAAUGUGAUCACACAGACCUAAUGCACCUGCAGAAAUUCCUGGCAAUCUACUUGGCCAAGUUGUAAUUUGAGAUGUCAUAUUCACAGUGGAUCAAAAUAAGAUUUCACUGCUUCCAGAAACAAAAAUAUGUUACAAUUUCCCCAGGAUGGGGAUUCACAGAUGAAAGCAGGAAUACAUUUAGAUUUAAGAUGUCACUCACCUUAUCCUCUGCGCUUUUGGCUAUUUCUGGCCUCUGUCUCUCUUUGCUUGAUCUCAUGGAUUUGAUGGUAUCUUUCCACGUGAACACCUUUCCUGGUUGUCUACAGCUUCUCACAA